AUGGCGAGCUCUCCUCCAGCUCCAUUCCCUACAAGCCUGCCAAAUCCCAAGAAGCGCGCCUCUAUGAGCUCACAGACCUCGGCGCAAGGCGCGGCCAAGAGACCCAAACUGCACCCACUCCGUCAAACAUCAUUCCCCGCGCAAGAUUCGAGCGGACGCUAUGGGUCCGCAGUCACAAGUGCUCGCUCUGAGACUGGUAGUGUCGCCAACAGCCUUCUUUCCGGACUGAGCGGCAAAGUGAAAGGCCGUGGGAGGGGAAGGCCCAGGAAGUCGGCUCAACUUGAUCAAGACGAAGCACGCUCUUCCCACCAGAUUCCCGGCGAUACGACAAGCCAGAUUGACGGCAAUGAAAGGGGAGCACAUCGAGGGACGAAAUCCGUGGUCAGCGCCCGGUCAGGCGCAGCUGAACAGGAAGAGGACGAUGAGGGUGACAUUGAUGAAUUGGUUGAGAACAUGGACGAGCAGGAAAGGCGGCAAGCCGAAGAAGAAGAAAUUCGUCAAGAGCAGCGUCGAGAACGGCUUGCCGACACUCUCGACUCAGAUCAGUACGCAAGGUACAACCAGUGGCGGGCGCUCUCACUCAAUAACUCCACCGUUAAACGACUUGUCAACUCGAUCGUAUCGCAGUCCGUGACUACGGCCCCUCUACAAGCGAUCAGGAUCUACGGAAAGUGGUUCGUCGGCGAGAUUGUGGAGAGAGCACGUGAAGUCCAGAUUGAGUGGGCGAGGGCAUAUGAGGAUACGAGAAGGGAGGAGCGAGAACGACGAGAAAAGGAGUUGCUGGCUUUAGGAGAGAGGCAAAAGGAAGGCAACGGCGCCGACCCUCAGUCGCGAUCGAUCGCCCGGGACAUCGAGCGACUGAAACGGGAGGUCAAGGAAUACAUCCCUAACCCCCACAAGGGGGGACUAUUACCGGAUCACCUCCGAGAAGCUUUACGCAGGUACAAGCAUGACGGUGAAGGCGGAGGUGUAGGGUUUCAGGGCCUGAGCCAUGGUUUACUGGGAGUCACCGGGCCUGCUGCUUGGAGAGUCGGAGAUGGUGCUUCUGGGAGGCGGCUGUUCAGAUGA